AUGCCGGCUCCCGUCCGCAAGGCCGCAUCCUCGGCCAACGGCACCCCAAAGGGCAACGGCAGCGCCCCAAAGACCACAAAGCAGCCCGCACCUUCCACCUCGUCCCCUCUCAGGGUCUUUGAGCUUCGUCUCGAAGAGGAUGGCAGCCCUUCCGACCAGAGAUCCUACAUCCGGCUGCCCGCACCGCUCGAGCCCUACCUACUGCGCUUCUCCAUCGACGCCGGAAGCCUAGCCUCCAAGCAGGCCAAACUGUUCUCCAACUACCCCGCGUCAAAGAGCCAGUUUGACAGGACCACAUUCGUCGACAGGAGCUUCCCCGCCGACCUGACCCGCCCCAACUUUGUCGACCUCAUCAUCGACCGCGCCGGUGUCUUUGAGUUCUACGUCGAGUUCACCACCGAGGAAGACGACGAGGACCUCUUCAAGAAGAGCAGCGAUGGCCGCACUCGGAAGCAGGGCAAGCACGGCUACUUCAACGUCGACCCCGUCCUCAAGGCGCCCGUGCGCAAGCCCAUCCUCGGCCCCGACUCUCGCCCUCUGUCGGCAGACAAGGGCGGUGGCCAGGUCACCGGCGAUGUCGAGCUGCUGCCGCUCGACGGCCUCGUCCUGCAGACGCUCAUCGCAAAGUGGGCCGGGUCACUGGGCGAGUGGGAGCCCCACCUCCAGUGCGCAAAGGAGGCCGGCUACAACAUGCUCCACUUUCCCCCGCUCAACGUCAGGGGCGCCAGCAACAGCCCCUACUCGAUCGCAGACCAGACCGACUUCUCCCACGACCUCUUUGACGCCAAGACGGGCAAGGCGGCCACCAAGGAGGACCGCGCCCGCAUCAUCAAGGCCGAGAUGGCCAAGAUCAAGGAAAAGUGGGGCAUCCUGAGCAUGAGCGACGUCGUCUGGAACCACACGGCCCACAACAGCCCCUGGCUCAACGAGCACCCCGAAGCGGCCUACAACCCGCUCAACUCGCCCCACCUCACCCCGGCAGAGGAGCUCGACCGCGCGCUCCUCGAGUACAGCGGCAAGCUCGGCGAGCUCGGGCUGCCGACGGAGCCAAAGAGCGACCAGGAGGCUUCCGCCAUCGUUGACGGGAUCAAGGACCACGUCCUGCCCAAGCUCAACCUCUGGCAGUUCUACGUACUCGACGUCAAGGCCGAGACGGCGGCAUUCCAGUCGGCAUGGGAGAAGGGCCAGGCCGAUGACGCGGCCGUCAAGGCUCUCAGCUUGCCUGACAGCCCCUCGCUGCAGGAGGCGGCCAGCAUCGUCCGAGAGCAUGCCCUGCACCACCAGAUGGCCCUGAGCGCCAGGUUUGUCACCAGCCUCGAUGCGCCCCUCGCUGCUUCCAUCUUCAGGACCAUCUGCCGCGGGCGAUCCGACUCUGAGACGCUCGACUUCUUCUCCAAGGUCAUCGACGAGGUCAACAGCUCGCUCUACAAGACGUACGACGACGACGUCAAGGCGAUCCUCGACAACCUGCUCGGGCGCCUCAAGUACACCCGCGUCGACCCCAACGGCCCCAAGCUCGGACCCAUCACCGCAUCGAGCCCCUUCUUCGAGCCUUACUUCACGCGGCUCGACCCGAAGAACCCCGCGUGCAAGAAGCGGGAUCCCAGGGAGCUGGCCCUGGCCAACAACGGCUGGAUCUGGGCCGCGGACCCGCUCGAGGACUUUGCGUCUCCGUCGUCGCGCGUCUACCUCCGCCGCGAGGUGAUUGUCUGGGGCGACUGCGUCAAGCUGCGCUACGGCAAGAAGCCCGAAGACUCACCCUUCCUCUGGAAGCACAUGGAGGCCUACACGCUGCUCCUCGCGUCCGCGUUCGACGCCUUCCGCAUCGACAACUGCCACUCGACGCCGAUCCACGUCGGCGAGCACUUCCUCGACAUUGCGCGCCGGGCCAACCCCAACCUCUACGUCUGCGCCGAGCUCUUCACGGGCAGCGCCGAGAUGGACGUGCACUUUGUCAGCCGGCUCGGCAUCAACUCGCUCAUCCGCGAGAUGGACAACGCGCAUGAUCCCAAGGAGGAGAGCCGCCUCCUCUACCGGUUCGGCGUCAACAAGCCGAUUGGAUCGAUGGACGAGGCCUGCCUGAACGAGGAGGGCACCGCCACCCUGCCCGAUUCCAAGGCGCCGGUCCCCUGCACCAUCCAGCAGCUGGACGGCUCGAGCCCGCACGCCCUCUUCAUGGACCUGACCCACGACAACGAGACCCCGACGUCCAAGAGGACGACCGAGGACGCCCUGACCAUGGGCGCCCUGGUUGCCUUCUCGUGGUCCGCCAUCGGCAGCACCAAGGGCUUCGACGACCUGUACCCCAAGACCCUCGACGUUGUCCAGGAGAGCCGCAAGUACGCCACCAACGCCCACCCCGAGGCCAGCGGUAUCGGCGCCGUCAAGCGGCUGGUCAACCACCUGCACACCGAGAUGGUGCUGCGCGGCUACUCGGAGGGCCACGUCCACCAGGAGAACGACUACAUCAUUGUCCACCGCGUCCACCCGCAGACGCACGAGGGCUUCCUGUGCCUCGCCCACACGGCCUUCAAUGCCCGCGGCAAGGACCGCGGCUCGAUCAGCCCCGUGCGGCUCGACCGCACCAAGGCCACGUUCAUCCUCGGCAAGUCGCUCGAGAUCGUCGACCGCAACGUCAAGGAAGAUGCAAAGGAGCUGCGGGGCUUCGAGUCCAAGCUCGUCGACGUCGAGACGCCGCAGCUCAAGGAGGGCACCAACGAAGACGGCGGCGCCUACACCGAGAUCUGCAUCCCGGACAGCUUCCCCCCGGGCAGCAUCAUGGUGUUUAGCACGUCGAUGUCCGGCCUCGGAGCCGACGUCGACUCCAUCUGCUCCAAGGGCGCGGCCGAUGCCAUGGCCUCGCUGGACCUGGUCCACCUCAACGUGCUGCUGCACCGCGCCGACGGAGAGGAGAAGGACGUCACCGGAGGCAGCGAUGGCGUCUACGAGAUCCCCGAGCACGGCAAGCUGGUCUACUGCGGCCUGGAGGGCUGGAUGUCGGUGCUGAGGAGCAUCAUGGAGCGCAACGACCUCGGCCAUCCGCUGUGCGGCCACCUGCGCAAGGGCACCUGGGCGCUCGACUACGUCCACGCCCGCCUCGAGAGGCAGGUCGGCCUGUUCCCCAAGCUGGCCGCCCCCGCCGCCUGGCUCAAGGAGCGCUUCGACCUGAUCGCCUCGACCGUGCCCAACUUCCUGCGACCCAAGUACUUUUCGCUCGUCAUCAACACGGCCUACCGGGCCGCCCGCGCGCGCGCCAUCUCGCAGAUGUCGCCGUUUGUCCAGCACAGCCACGACUUUACCAAGUCGCUCGGCCUGUGCGCCGUCCAGAUGAACGGCACGGUCAAGACGGCGUCGCUCUGGCCGGACCGCGACGUCGCGUCGAUGGCCGCCGGCCUCCCCUUCUUCGCGGCCUCAUGGGCCCGGCUAUGGGGCCGCGACGUCUUCAUCUCGCUGCGCGGCCUCUACCUGGCCACGGGCAUGUACGGCGCGGCGAGGGAGCACAUCCUUGCCUUUGGCUCGACGCUCAAGCACGGCCUGAUCCCCAAUCUGCUCGACUCUGGUCGGACUCCACGCUACAACUGCCGAGACGGCCCGUGGUUCUUUGCACAGAACGUGCAGGACUACACGAAGAUGGCGCCGGACGGCGUCAAGAUCCUCGACGAGCCCGUCAAGCGGCGCUUCCCCAAGGACGACGAGUGGAUCGCCUGGGACGACGCCAAGGCCUACUCGUACUCGAGCACCGUGGCCGAGCUGAUCCAGGAGAUCCUGCAGCGGCACGCCAGCGGCAUCCACUUCCGCGAGUACAAUGCCGGCCCCGCCAUCGACAACGACAUGCACCCGGACGGCUUCAACAUCGACAUUGACGUCGACUGGAAGACGGGCAUCAUCUUUGGCGGCAACCAGCACAACUGCGGCACCUGGCAGGACAAGAACGGCUCGUCGGCGCGCGCCGGCAACAAGGGCGUGCCCGGCUCGCCGCGCGACGGCGCGGCCAUCGAGAUCACGGCGCUGCUCAAGAGCACCCUGACCUGGGUCGACGGCCUGCAGCGAAGCGGCAAGUGGAAGCUGGCCAAGGGCGUCGAGGCGACCGUCGACGGCAAGAAGCGCCUGGUGACGUACAAAGAGUGGGCCGACCUGCUCCAACGCUCGUUCGAGGAGGCCUACUACGUCCCCGCCUCGGCCAACGAGGACGCAAAGUACAAGGUCGACUCGAGCCUGGUCAACCGCAGGGGCAUCUACAAGGACAUCUUUGGAUCAUCCAAGGGGCGCGAGUGGGCCGACUACCAGUUCCGCUCCAACUUUCCCAUUGCCAUGUGCGUGGCUCCCGAGCUCUUCGACCCGGAGCACGCCCGCCUGGCGCUCAACAAUGCGCGCAAGAUUCUCGUGGGCCCGCUGGGCAUGAAGACGCUCGACCCGGCCGACUACAACUACCGGCCCAACUACGACCAGACCGAGAACGACGAUCCCGCCACGUCGUGCGGCUGGAACUACCACAACGGACCGGAAUGGGUGUGGCUGCGGGGCUACUACCUUCGCGCCGUGUUCCACUUUGGCUCCGAGGCCGGCGUGGCCAAGGCCGAAAUGACGCACCGCAUCAAUGCGCUGCUCCUCGAGCACCGCCGCCACGUGCGCGCCUCGCCCUGGGCCGGCCUGCCCGAACUCACCCAGGCCGACGGCAAACACUGCCCGGACUCGUGCGCCACCCAGGCCUGGAGCGCCGCCACCCUCCUCGACGUCCUCCAGCUCAUGAACGACGCCUGA